AUGCUCACGUCUCAAGUUCCCGGCAAUGGCUCAGUAGUUUCAUCUCCCUCGCACCCCGGUUACAACUCCUGUACUGUUUCUCGCUCCAGUUACAACCAUCUCUCCAUCCACCCCCUCCCCCCAUCCCCAUUGCCUUCCCCCCUUCCACCCCGCUUUUUCCCUCCCUUAUCAUUCCAACCUGACCUACCCCGCGCACUCGCUCCCUCCGCCUACCUUCCACAGAAAGAGGCAUUGGAGGAGAUGCGGGGGGAUGUAGAGCGGUUGAAAGGUGAACUUCAACAAGCAGGGGAGCAGCUCGCAGUGGCAGAAAAGGCGAAAACCGAUUUGCUGGUUAAGUAUGAGUGCGUGGAGAGGGAAAAGGUUGCUCUGGAGGGGCGUUUGGAGGAGAGGGAGAAGGAAAGAGAGAGGGAGAGAGGGGAAUUAUUUGGGAGGUUGGAGGAGUGUGAGAGGAGGUUGAAGGAGGAAGAGGAGGGGAGGAAGGAGGAGAAGCAGAAACGGAAAGAGGAGAAGGAGAAGCGGAAGGAGGAGGAGGGGAAACGGAAGGAGGAGAAGAAGAGGCGGAAAGAGGCGGAGGAGGAAUUGGCACGUGUCAAGCAGCGAUUGGAGGAAGCUGAGGCCAAAUGUGAGAGGAUCGAGGGGGUGAGUGCUGUGCUGAGAGGGCUUGCUGAUGCAGCAGCAGAGGAGGGAAGCGGGUCAGUUGAUAGAAGAAGAGUUGAAAGGGAGGAUGGAAGCAGUGUAGCAGAUGACAGGAGUGAUGAGGCGGAUGGAAGGGUAGCUGGGCGUGACGAUGAAAGGGAGGCGAGUGCACGACUAAAAGACCUUGAACUGCACGCUGUGAGAGCAGAGGGAGAGGCGGAGGGCUUGAGGCGUGAGCUGGAAGCUGUGAAUGCCACGCUGGCAGAUACAAGUGCCAGGCUGGCAGACACGAGUGCUGAGCUGGCAUGCUUGAAAGAGGCAUUGAGGGAGACGGACGCACACGCACGCGUGGAUAAGUGCGGAGAAGAGGGAUUGAGGGAGAGUGGAAGUAGGGAGGAGGGGGGGAGCAGGGAGGAGGCGGAACAGAGGUUGAAAGAGGCAGAAGCACAGAGGGAUGCUGCAGAGAAACAGAGGGAGGAGGCGGAAAGACAAAGGGAGGAGGCAGAGAGGCGAAAGGAGGAAGCAGAGCGGGAAUGGAAGGAGGCGGAGAAGGGACGAGAGGACGCAGAGGAAAGAGUGAAGGGCCUUGAGGGUCGCCUGAAAGUUGCAGAGAGGUCAGCAGCAGGAGACACUCUGGGUUUGAAUGCGAAUGCCGCGCGUGACUCAUUCGGUGAUAACAAUGCGGGAGGUAGAGGGAGUGAACAAAGGAAGGAGGAGCAUGGGAACAGCUGGAAGGGGGUUGUGGGAGAGAGGGAGAGUGUGGAGGGAAACAUGGAUGCCGAAGUGGAGUGCUUCAAAGAGCCUCAGAAGGUGGAAGUGUCGCUUCCCAAGGCACAAUUGCCACCUGGAAAGACAUUUCCCGAGAUGGACCGCGAGGCAGAGCUUGAGUUUCUGCGCAACCUGCGGGAAGAUCUGGAGAGGGAGUUGGACUCUCUACGCAUUCAACUCGAUUGCAAGUCACAGGCCCCUGUUGCUGAUUUGGAUAAGGCUUGUCUCGAAGCUGGGGGAGACCAGAGUAGCAGCCAGCCUACCAACAGCACCUGUGGCUGCACGUGUUGCAGCAGCUGUAGCUGCGGCUGUAGCACCAGGAACGCCAGUACCAGCACCGCCACGAACACCACCAGGAGCAUUGCAGAAGCAGAAGCAGAGAUCGAGCGACUGCACGCCGUGAGAGGAGACCUAGAGAGGGAGCUUGAGGACUUGUACCUGGAGUUGCAACGGGAGCAGGAGCUCUCAGCUGAAGCAAGCCUUUUAGCUGAGAAGGAGUGGGAGCGGCGACAGGAGGCAGUGAAAAUGCUGUCUCAGCUAGAGAGGCAGCUAGGGGAGGCGUUUGGAGGGGCUGUGGCGGAAGGGGGGGUGGUGGUUGAUGCUAAUGGAAGGCCGAUGUCGCCGCUAGUGGGGAGUUUGAGUGGGUCGGGAGCGGUGGGGAGGAAUGGCAGGGGAGGGGGCGUGGGAGGGGUGUUUGUGUCGCCGCUUGGCGGGCCGCGAUUGGAGGGUUCUGGUGGGGAGGAAAGCUGGCCGUAUUUGUGUGGUGGCGAGGUGGCGGAGGGAGCAGAGGGGGGAGCUGAGGAGGGGGAGAUGGGAGGGAUGAGAAGGGUGCUAUUUGGAAUAGAGGAGCGUGGGGAGGAGGAGGGUGCAGCAGCCGGAGAAGAAGAAGAACCAGGUUCUUCGCUUGCCACAGCAAGCACAGGCACACGCACCAGCAGAGCAGCAAGUGUAGUGGAGCGGCUGAGCUUAGAGAAGGAAGAGAAUUACAGAAGGGAAGGGGAGGGAGUUGAGGGGAAGAAUGAGGACGGUGACUGGGAUGAGAUCUGGAGUGAAGGAGACGAUGAACAAGAGCUUGAGGUGAGGCGUGGGGAAGGGGAGAGGCGUGGGGAAGGCCAGAGGCAGGAAAGGGAAACGGAGGGGGCAGAGAAGAGGGAGGAAAGAAGGAUAGGGCAGUCUUGCCGGAUGGACUGGCCUAGGUCACUCACGGAGGAGAGUAGACUAUUUAGUGAGGAUCCAAGUCUCACUGAUGCACACGACCCUGAGCCAAGUCACACCUGCAGUUCCCGGCCUCUGCUGCACAUUCACCCUCCCCCUCGCACGUUCCCUAGAGCCACAUCCGAUUUAGUCACCUAUGUGAGAGACGCUAAGGCUGCGCUGGGGCAACCCUCCUCCCCAGGGGAAGACGAGUUUUUCAGCACGAAACUGCCGGAAUUGAGGAGGAGAAUGACUGGUGAGGGCCCUCAAAAGGAGACGGCCCUGCGCCUGCCCUCUUCCCCUGGGGAAGGCGAGUUUUUCAGCACCAAAUUGCCGGAAUUGAGGAGGAGAAUGACUGGUGAGGGCCCUCAAAACUCGCCUUGUAAGUCUGCCUCUUCUGCAGAAGACGAGUUUUGUAGCACUAAGUUGCCGGAAUUGAGGAGGAGAAUGACUGGUGAGGGUCCUUACAAGUCCUCUUCUCCUCGUGAGGACGAGUUUUUCAGUGCUAAGCUGCCGGAAUUGCGGAGGAGAAUGAGCAACUUCUCGCCUCUGCACUCACCCCUGGUUCAUUUACGGGGGAUGCAGUUGGAUGGGGAUGCUGAGGUGGUGACCGCAGCAGCACCUGGCGCUGGGGGUGCAGGCGGCGCAGAUGGAGACGGUUCAGGUGUUUCUGUUGUUUCAGGUGCUUCAUCAGGUGAAAACGGCACUCCUGGUGGUCGCGUAAACAAAGAACCCCCCUCUCCCACUGCUAAAGGACUGCCGCCCCUCACCACCUCGUUUUCAGCGCUUGAUGAGGCUUCCUCUCCCAACGCAGCUAGAGCAGUCUCCUAUUCAGGGCAGCCCUUUUCCUAUGCCAGUCAGAUAACAACCGCUCCUAGGGAAGCCCCAGGUAUGCCUUCAGGGGGUUUCAACAGAGCGGUUUCCUACACAGGGGGUUUCAACAGAGCGGACUCGCACUCAGGUGCUUUCAACAGAGCAGGGUCUUACUCAGGUGGUUUCAACAGAACUGGUUCAGAUGUGGGGCUGCUGCUCACCUUCGGGGGACCAUCAGGGGGGGAGUUUUCAGGAACAGAGACGACAACAGGUGGAGCGAAUGACAGAGAAGACUUGGAAGAAUCUGGGAGAGGAAAAGAAGAGGAGGAGGAGGAGGAGUUAGUAGAUGUAGGGUUGGCAGAUGAAGACUACAAUUGGGGUGACUCUAUUUACAGUAAGCAGCAGCUUUUAGCUAAGCACCAGGGUGAUUUUCUCCACGUGUUGCUGCAGAUGCUACAGCUGGCAGUGGCGAAGCGGGAAAGCGAGUUAGUGUCAGCCUCUGCCGCCGCUACAGCUGCCGCUACAGCUGUCUCGGCUGCCGAGAGGGAGAAAGCGGAGUGGGAAGUGGAGCAGGUGGUAUCAGCAGUGUUUAGGGAGGUGCAUAACGUGUUGCAUGUGAAUGGCGUUGGCAGGGUGAGGAGAAAAUUCCGAGGGGUGGCUAAGGAAGGGAACGCAGCAGCAACGGCUGCUGCUGCAGUGAAAGAGGAUCUCGAGCUUUUGGUCCGGGCAGUUGAAGCAAAGGCUCGGGCAGCCAUGAGAAGAAAUGCGGCUGGCCUGGUCCCUCCUGCUCCCAGAAGGCUUGUCAAGGAUGGGAGUGGGGGUGAGGGGCGGAGAGGAGGAGAAAAAAGUGGCGGAGGAGGAUGGGGGGUGAGCAGCGGCAACGGCAUGUGGAGCAUUGGUCAGAGUCUCCAGUCGGCUGCUUUGGCUAUAGCUCGCUCUCCCUCUGUUGCUGGUCCCUCUGUUGCCAGUACUCCUAGCAUGAGUAGAUCAGUGUCUGCUGCCGAAGCUCCUUCUGUUGUCUACUCAGUCGGGGUACACAAUGCCUCACUAAGUAUCUACAGGUCAGCUUCGGUGGCUACUACUGAGGCCUCCACUGCUGGUAACACGCCGGUUGCGCACGCGGUUACCAUCGCCCGAACCUCCUCCGUAGCCUCGGGAAUGUCCACGGAUGGUAACACGCCUGUGGCUCGGGCUGUAGGGGAUAUGUCAGGAGGAAUGUCGAUGUCCCAAGGGGGAGCGGUUCAGAUGGGUGGUGUAUCAGGAGGAAUGGGUGGAGAGCGGUUGAGUGCUCUGACCAUCUACAGGACACCUCAAGUGUCGCCGGUAACCACCCCUGUAACUGCGGAUGCUUCGACUGGCGGUAACACGCCUGUCGCACAUGCGGUUACCACUAGUGGCGGCGGUAACACUCCUGUUGCACGACCUUUGAGGCUGAGGGAAGGGGAGAAGGCGGAGCAGGACGGGAGGGCAGAGGAGGAGGAGGGGGCAGGUAGAGGGGAGGAGCAGGGGGAGGAGAGAGGGGAAGAGGAGGAGAGUGAGGAGGUUUUGUUUGUAAGGGAGGUGGUAGCGGGCGAUGUGGUGGUACACCACCAUGUAGACUCUCUCACUCGCUCCCUCACAACUGCUUCCCCUAAACCCAAACCCCUGGGGCAGACUUUUGAGGCGCCUCAAAGAACAGGAGGUGUUGUGGUACACCACCAUGCGGACUCUCUCACUCGCUCCUUCACUCCUUCUAGCUACUCCAAUGCCACUUUUGGGAACUCUCAACAGAACGCUAACGCCUUUGACCUGAUGGCAGAGUCCCCUGCUGUGCUGGCGCCUGGAAUCAGGCAAGAAGGAGGGGAGCAGCAGCCUUUCUUUCGUCCUAUGUCCAGGCAGCAAGAGAGGGAACAGAGCAGGAUACAAGACGAUCCUUUGCUGGGCGAGCAAAGGAGACGUGAUGUCUGGGGGAGUCGUGAGGCAUCUACCAGGCUGGAUAGAGGGAGGAACCAAAGCCUGGAGGAGGACUAUUCCCAGCCAGCUUCAAGCCUGGACGCUCACUCAUUGCCUGCUCGCCCCAUAGGGAGUCAUGACUCUGCUGCCCGGCUGGAUAGAGGGAGAAAUCGAAGCGCUAGUGGUUUGGCAAGUAACCGGCAGGUUUGGAAAGGGAGUGUUCGGGACGGCGCGUCUAGUUCUCAGGAGCCGCACAAGGGGAGUGGUAGAGACGGUGUGAUGGAGUCGUUGCUAUCCGAAGCUGCUGCAGCAGCACAGGGCACUGUUCGAGACAUUGUGUCUUUCUGGGCUACAAGUGCUGCAGCAGGGGCUGUAGCAGCGGCAACAGGUGGCGCAGCAGGUCGUGAGUCUGUAGCAGCAGGAGCAGGAACUGUAGCACUGCCACGUAGGCCCGCUACAGCUGCAGCGGGCGGCAGGGUUCGUUCUGUAGGGGGCUGGCAGGGCUGGGGGAUGGGAGAGAAAGGAGAGGGGUUGGGUGGAGUGGGGAUGGGUGAUAGAGAGGAAAGCAUAGAGCAACCGUGGGGCAGCAGCAGGGUGCAGGAUCAAGAGGCAGGAAGGCAGAUGGGAAGGGAGGAUCUGUGGGAGGGGUCCUAUCGGGAUAGACGAGCUGUGGCAAGGGCUGCUGCUACCACCCUUGCAGCUGCUACAGGUGUUGGCGCUGGGUCUCAUGCUGGUGCACCCGGUGCCACCAGUCCUGUUUUGCCAGGUGCUUUUCCAGGUAGAUCUCCGUUGGUUUCCCCAAAGGCCAGACCUCAUCGUGGGAUGGUGACUGUGGGGAGUUUUGUUGAUACGGAAACAGGGGUUUCGGAAUGGUUGGUUGAAAAGGUGGAGACGUUGACAGGGGCGGGGCAGAGGAGAGGAGAGGAAGAGAGGAGGGUGGUAUUGGAGUGGACUCAGGAGUUGGAAGAGGAAGGGGAAGAGGCAGAGAGAGCGUUGAGAGAGAGAAAGAGGGAGAGGAGGGAAAGGGAGGCGAAGGAGAGGGAGAAAGAGGAGGAGAGGAGGAGGAGGGUGCAGGAGGUGAGAAGGAAGAUGGAAGCUGCUAGUGAGGAGAGGAGGAGGAGGGAGGAGCGGGAGCAAGGAGGGGUUGUUGCAGGGGAGGAGGGGAGUGAGGAGCAAGAAAAGAGAAACGGAUUGGGUGUUGCGGCUGGAGAAGGGAAGGAUAGGAAAAGAGGAGUUGAGGAGAAGAAGGGAGGAAUGGAGGAGAAAGGAGGAGUGGAGAAGCUAGGUUCAGUGGGACCUAGGAAUGGAGAAGAAAAGGAUAGGAAAGGAGGAUUUGAGGAGAAAGGAGGAGUUGAGGAGAAAGGAGGAGUUGAGGAGAAAGGAGGAGUUGAGGAGAAAGGAGGAGUUGAGGAGAAAGGAGGAGUUGAGGAGAAAGGAGGAGUUGAGGAGAAAGGAGGAGUUGAGGAGAAAGGAGGAGUUGAGGAGAAAGGAGGAGUUGAGGAGAAAGGAGGAGUUGAGGAGAAAGGAGGAGUUGAGGAGAAAGGAGGAGUUGAGGAGAAAGGAGGAGUUGAGAAGCUAGGGAGGUCAUCAGCAGUUGUGAUGAAGGAAGAGUGUGAGUCAGGUUUAGAGGGACGAGGUGUGCAAAAUGUGUUGGUAAAGCGAGGUUCGAUGAAAGGGGAAGCAAGGGAAAGUGAGAGCUCUAGUGAGGGAGAGGAAGGGUGGAGUGAUAUGGAGGAGGAGAGAGAGGAAGAGGAAGAGAAGGAGGAGGAGGAGGAGGAGGAGGAGGAGGAGGAGGAGGAGGAGGAGGAGGAGGAGGAGGAGGAGGAGGAGGAGGAGGAGGAGGAGGAGGAGGAGGAGGAGGAGGAGGAUGAAUCGUCGUGGAGUGCUGAUAACGAUAGUGGUGAUGUUAGUAACGAGGAUGCUGAUGCUGCUGGGUCUACAAUGGAGGAGGCUGGGAGGAACGAGAAUGAGGAGGAAGGGUGGAGAGAGGAGGAAGGUAGGAAAGAGGAGGAAGGGAGGAAAGAGGAGGAUGGGAUGAGAGAGGAGAAAGGGAGGAAUAAGGAGAGAGGGAGGAAUGAGGAGGAAGGGAGUAAAGAGGAGGAAUGGAGGAAAGAGGAGGAAGGGAGUAAAGAGGAAGAAUGGAGGAAAGAGGAGGAAGGGAGUAAAGAGGAGGAAUGGAGGAAAGAGGAGGAAGUUGAGAAAGUAGUGGCGGAGAGAGAGGAUGUUGCUGCUGGUGAUGGUGAUGGUGAUGGUGAUGAUGAUGCUGAGGAAUUGUGGAGUGAUGUUGAUGUUGAUAGCGGUGAUGCUGGUGACGAGGAUGGGAGGGAACCAGGCAAUGGCGAUGCUGAUGCUGAUGGUUGCGAUGACGAUGGUGAUGAGGACUUGUGGAGUGAUGUUGAUGAUGCUAACGAUGAUGCAAGUGAUGAGCGUGGGAGAAAACCAGGCAAUGAGGGGAAGGAGGACGGGUGGAGCAAGAAGAGGGAUCAGACGGAGGAGCAGAAGGAAGGGUAUUCAUUUGAGGCGCCUCAGGAAAGAGAGGAGUGGAUAGAGAACACGGAGGGUGGGUCGAGAGGGCAAAAUGGGGAGGCAGUUUCCGAGGUGUAUCGGAAGAACAAGGAGGAACGAAGUGAGAAGGAGAAUGGGGCUGAAAUCUCUCCACCAGGAAUCCUUCAGACACCUGGCAGCAUGAUAGCUUCUCCUUUCCCGGUAGAUAUGAUUUGUGAGGCGCCUCAAGAGCCGGGCAGCAUGAUUGGUCCUCCUCUCUUGGUCAAGGAGGAGCGAUCUGAGGCUGAGAGCAUCAUGGUUGAGGGGAAAGGGCAGGAGGAGGAGAUCUUUGAUGCUCUCAGAUUGUCUCAAAUGGCGCCUCAAGGGCCCUUGGCGGAUGACCAAUCUGAGAGUAGUGUUGAUGAAGGGGAAGGGAAGGAGGAAGCGACUUCUGAGAGGACUUCUGAGGCGCCUCAAAUGGCGCCUCAAGGGGUGCCUCGAAAGCCCUCGGUAGAGGAUCAACUUGGGAGCAGGGCGGAUGAAGGGGAAGGGCAGGAGGAGGUGAUGGGAACGGAGGGGAGGGAGGAGGACGAGUGGAGUGGGGUUGAUGAGGAGGAUGGAGAGGAGGAGAAUCUGUCGGAAGAACACGAUGAGCCUGUCUCUGAGGUGCCGCAACGGAACGAGGAGGGAAUGACUGAGAAGGAGGGGAGGGAAGAGGACGAGUGGAGUGGGGUUGAUAAGGAGGAUGCAGAGGAAGAGUAUCAGCUGAAGGAGCAAAAGGGAGAGUCUGUUUCUGAGGUGCCUCGAACGAUCGAGGAAGGACGGAGUGAGAAGGAGGUUGGGAGGGACGAGCAAAAUGAAGAGGGGCCUCAAAAGGUGGAGGAGGGAGGGAGUGAGAAGAAGGAUGGGAGGGAAGAGGACGAGUGGAGUGGGAUUGAUGAGGAGGAUGCAGAGGAGGAGAAUCAACCGGAAGAGAAAAACGAAGAGCCUGUCUCGGAGGUGCCGCAGAGGAACGAUGAGGAACAGAGUCAGCAGGAGGAUAAGAUGGAGGAGGAUGAGUGGAGUGGGAUAGACGAGGGUGAAGCAGAGGAGGGUGGUGGGCUGGAAGAGCAAAAGGACGAGCCUGUCUCUGAGGUGCCUCGAGCGAUCGGGGAAGGACGGAGUGAGAAGGAGGUUGGGAGGGACGAGCAAAAUGAUGAGGUGGAGGAGGGACAGAGUGAGAAGAAGGAUGGGAGGGAAGAGGACGAGUGGAGUGGGAUUGAUGAGGAGGAUGAAGGGGCAGAUGGUUUUGAUUCUUGUGAUAGCUUGGGGAGUGAAGCGGAGGAAAGUGGGAGUGGGGAAGGCGGUGGUGGAGAGAGUGGGGUCAGUGAUGUAGAUAGUGGAAGUGGGAGUGGGAGUGGGGAUGGGAGUGGGAGUGGGAGUGGGAGUGCGAGUGGGAGUGAGAGUGGGAGUGAGAGUUUGAUAGAGAACGAGAGUGAGAAUGAGAGCGAUGGGGAAGAGAGCACACUAGACAUGAGCAGUGUUGGUACCAUUGGACUGGAGGGAGAGAGUGACGAAGAAGAGACUGAUGCGCAAGGGAGGGAGGAGCGAGGGAGUGAGGAGCAAGCGAGUGAGGUGGGGGAGAGUGAGGGAGGGAAGGGUACAGAGCAACGGGAGAAAUAUGAGAGGGAUGGGGAAUGCAGCAAGCAGGAUGAUGCGAGCAAUGAAAAGACCCAGGAUUAUCUCAACGCUCUCGGAAACAGCACGGUCCAAGAAGCCAUGGCGAACCAAGGCACGGCCAACAGGGGAGAUCAUGGUGAUGUUAGCUCGCACAGUUCAGCUGUGCCAAAGCAACCCGAUCUGCCUGCAGCUGACAUGGCAGAUCGGGUUGCUGUGGCUGAAGCGAUCGCUGAUGCAGGUGCUGUGGAGGGCGCUGAUGUGGAAGUUGCUGAUGCAGAAGGUGCUGACGUGGAAGGUGCUGAUGUGGAAGGCGCUGAUGCGGAAGGUGAUGACGUGGAAGGCACUGAUGCAGAAGGUGCUGACGUGGAAGGCGCUGAUGCAGAAGGUGCUGACGUGGAAGGCAAUAAUGGUCUGCUUCACGAGCGGCUGGAGGCGGUGUGUGCGGGCUACGCUCUGCACCAGCUCUUAUCGUCCAAACUCUCCCCCUCCGAACCAAGUAACUCCGCACAAGAAUCACAAGAAUCGCAUCAACCACAGCAACCACAGCAGGCACCGUUACGGCUGGCCGUGCUGUGGCUGCCAGACGCAGGCAUGCCGCACGCCACGCUGAACCACGUGCUCGGGCCUCUGCCUCGCCCCAGCGCGCUCUCCUCUCCGCAAGGCUCCCAGCCACAAAACGACGGGCAGCAGCAGCAGCAGCAGCAGGGAUCCGCAGCAGCAGACGGGUCAUCCUCCGGUGCAGCUGACCCGUCUGAUGAGACUCUGGUGCUGCUGCAUCACCCCAGUUGGCUCAACUCGCCGCUCUACACCUAUGGGCUCCGCACUUCCCUCCAGCGCUGCUACAGCCUGCUACAGCCGUCCGCAGCCGUGCAGGAGCUGAUAGCCAAGGAGAACAUGACACGUGUCCAGCAGAGCAUAGCCGUGUACGUAGAGCCAAUCUCCCUCUCCCUCCCCUCCUCCUACCCUUGCUCUAGCUGCGACCCUAAAUUCGCGGUCAACUGCACCACGCGCCGCCUCAUGUGGUUUUUUCUCGGGCAGCCCGAAGGCGACGCUACAGUUGUGGGCUUCUGGCCGUCUCAGGCUGUAGCCGUGGCAGAAACUUUCCACGAGAACCGCCAGCCGCAUUUGCUAGAAUCCACGCGACGCCGUGCGCAGCAAUGCGAAGGCGGUAACCGCAAAGCCAGUGGUAACCGCUUGAAGGACGGUAACCGCAUUGGGGGUGGAUAUGUAGCGCCGCCUAUUAUCCCCCCCGGGAUGACUGCGGACCUCAUCCGCGCGCGCGCGCAGGCCUCCGCCAGGGGCAGCUCCCCCCGCAUGCGCGAUGUGCUAGUGGCGCCAGAGAGCUUCCCCCGGGGGGAAACGCCACCAGGGAUAGGGGGGGAUAGGGGGAGUGGCGGGAAGGUGGGAGGCGAGGGGAGGGAGUUUGAGGAGGAGAGGGGGUUGUGCGAUGCGCCGAAGAUACUGCCUGUGACAGAGCACCGCAUUGGAAGGCAACUCAUUGUGGAUGAGGAUGUGGGCAUGGUGUACUGCUACGUGCAGAAGGCGGGGUGCACGAGCUGGAAGUUCUGGCUGCGGGAGCAGCACCACCACCCCUUCCCCAAGUCCUUCCUCUCCGCCCACACCGCCCACUUCACCAACGUCACUGCCGUCUGGUACUCCCUCACCGAGCCACAAGCCAUACGCUCCCUCACACGACGAGACUUCACCCGCUUUGUGUUCCUCCGGAACCCGUACACCCGCGUUCUGUCGGCGUAUCUAGACAAGAUGCUUCGCGGGGGCGGCCCGGAUGAUCUCGGGGCAGGAUUCUGGGCGCAGGCGUUUUUCGGGCAGCUGAUCACACACUCCUUAUGGGAUGCUGCCACGUUUCGGUCGGGCCCCGGAACUGCCCGGCUGCGGAGCAUCUGGGAGGUGAUUCAGCUGCGGACGGGGUUUCGAAUCACGUUCGAUGAGUUUGUGGGUUAUCUUGGAGAGGCGUGGGAGAUAGAAAACCGGUUUCACCUAGAUGUGCACAUAGUGCCGCAGACGCUGCUAUGUGCAUUGGACCGGAUCAAGUAUGACUUUGUGGGGAGGUUUGAGAGCAUGGAUGAGGAUGUGAUGACACUGAUGAGGCGGUUUGGGAGGGAGCCUGGCGAUGCGUUCAGCUUCGGGAAGAAGCUUCAGAAGACCAAGUCGCGGGGGCGCUUGAGCGAUGCGUUCGGCAAUAAGAAAACCUUUGACACGGUCAGUCAUGUCUACAGUCUCGACUUGAACAACACCCUGAAUGGCAUCGUAUACGAACCACCAGAUGAGCUGAAGGAGUUGGCCCCCUCCUGGUGGAAAGGGGUUCCCACCAGGGCCGCACGCGGAUGCCCGGUGUGUCGCGACCCCCAGCUGGGAAUCGGCACGCGAGAGGGAGUCCCCCGCCCGCAUGCAGGUCCCUAG